CCCGGAAGUGCGCCGGCGGCCGUUGCGGCCGCGUCGUUGCCCCCGCCCGGCGGGGUCGCUGGGCUUCCGCCGCCGCCAUGGCCGACCCCGACCCCCGCUACCCCUGCGCCUCCAUCGAGGACGACUUCAACUAUGGCAGCUGCGUGGCCUCCGCCAGUGUGCACAUCCGAAUGGCCUUUCUAAGAAAAGUCUACAGCAUCCUUUCUCUGCAAGUUCUCUUAACUUCAGUGACAGCUUCUUUUUUUUUAUACUUUGAGUCUGUACGGACAUUUGUACAUGAAAGUCCUGCCUUAAUUUUGGUGUUUGCCCUUGGAUCUUUGGGUUUGAUUUUUGCAUUGACUGUAAACAGACAUAAGCAUCCCCUUAACCUGUACCUGCUUUUUGGAUUUACACUUUUCGAAGCUCUGACUGUGGCCUUUGUUGUUACUUUCUAUGAUGUCUAUAUUAUCCUGCAAGCGUUUAUACUGACUACUGCUGUAUUUCUUGGUUUGACUGUAUAUACUCUACAAUCUAAGAGAGAUUUCAGCAAAUUUGGAGCAGGACUGUUUGCUGUUCUGUGGAUUUUGUGCUUGUCAGGAAUCUUGAAAUUAUUUUUCUAUAGUCAAACAUUGGAGUUGGUCUUGGCUGCUGUGGGGGCCCUCCUUUUCUGUGGAUUCAUCAUCUAUGACACACAUUCAUUGAUGCAUAGGCUGUCACCUGAAGAAUAUGUAUUAGCUGCCAUCAGCCUUUAUUUGGAUGUCAUCAACCUGUUCCUGCACCUGUUGCGGUUUUUGGAAGCAGUUAAUAAAAAGUGAUUGAAAGCAGUAUAUGGAAAUGGAUUCAUUAAGUAAUAAAGUUUGAGAUAUAAUUAACUAUUAAAA